AUGCCAACACCACCUCCACCACACCCGACACGGUCAUUACGAAAUAGUUUAUAUCCCGGAAUGGAACAGCUAGUAGAAGCAACCAAGAGCGGCAACUCCAACACCCCACUCCGGCAACCAGUAGCUACUGACGACGAGGACGCCCACGAGGAAAGUGAUACCUCAUUCUCGCGUGUAACAGUUCGCGAUACCCGCAGCCAGCGUACCUAUAGCUCGGUACAAGGAGCGGAAAGGAGCGAGGACCAAGAGGAACUCAUUGUUAACAUACGGGAACAGGUCAUUGCUGCUAUUAAACUGGAAGUGCCAGAACUGAUAAAGACUAUCAUAAAAAACGAAUUUUCUCCCCUAAAGAACGAUUUUCGAGAGCUCUGCAAAUCCUUUGACUUUUUGAGUGGUAAAUACGAUGAAUUGUGCAAAUCUAUUAGCACUAUUACUGAGGAGAAUAUUCAACUAAAGAAAACGAAUCUUGAGCUUCAAACCUCAUUUGCUCAACUCUCGUCUCGUGUAAAUGAUCUCGAACAACAUCUGAGAGAGAACAAUCUGGAGAUACACGGCGUGCCUGAGAGUCGGAGCGAGAAUAUACCAUCAAUUUUACAACAGUGUGCUUCAACUGUGGGUCAUCAAGUAGGCGACACAGAUAUUGUCAACUACACAAGAGUAGCCAGACAAAAUAAGGAUAGUCAACGACCUCGGGCUAUCAUAGUUAAGUUUCGGAGUGUGAGGUGUCGUGACGAGUUUUAUUCCGCAGUGCACAGAUUCAACAAAUCUAAUCCUAAAGAAAAGCUAAAUACUACGCAUUUGGGAUUUGGAACUGUUAAGACACCAGUCUAUGUUUCCGAGCACUUAUCGCCAGAAAAUAAGUCACUGCACGCUGCCGUGCGUAUAGCCGCCAAAGAGAAGGGGUACAAAUUUGUUUGGGUGCGAGGUGGCCGCAUUUACAUCAGAAAGACCCCUGACUCACAGUAUAUUUUAAUAAAAAACAGAGACAGCUUAAAAUACAUUAUUUAA